CUUUUCUCCACGUCAGUUUUGCUUUCUAAACAGAUAAUAUUCUAGCCUUGUUAUAGAACACUCAUGCAACGUCGACGGUAACUUUGCAGUUAUCAAAGAAACAGCUACCAGUCGCAGCGACAAUGUCAUUAACGUUACUGGAGACGGAUGACAGCUAUGACUUUGUUUUUAAAAUAGUUUUAGUGGGAGAUGUAGGUGUUGGCAAAACUUGUGUGGUUCAACGGUUCAAGACUGGCAAUUUCAUGGAAAGACAAGGAAAUACCAUCGGAGUGGACUUUACCAUGAAGACAAUGGAUAUUCAAGGGAAGAGAGUGAAGCUGCAGAUCUGGGACACGGCGGGCCAGGAACGUUUCAGGACGAUCACCCAGAGUUAUUACCGCAGCACCAACGGAGCCGUCAUUGCCUAUGACAUCACUAAGAGAGGAACCUUCAUGGCCGUGCCCAAGUGGAUGGAGGACGUUAAGAAAUACGGAGGGUCAAACAUUGUACCCCUGCUCAUCGGGAAUAAGUCUGACCUGGUGGAUCAGCGUGAGGUGUCGUUAGAAGAUGCCCAGACCAUGGCCCACCAGCUGGAGUUCCUGACGGCCAUCGAGACGUCGGCUAAAGACGCCUCCAAUGUGGACGAGGCCUUUAACAAGAUGGCCGCCGAGCUCAUCCUGCGCCACGGGGGACCCAUGUUCAACGAGAACGUCACGGAAAGCUUCAAACUCAACAGCAAAGACAUGGGCGGAGAGGGCUGGCGCUGUGGCUGCUGAUAGGAGGUUGAGAGAGGACUGUACAUGUUGAUAAUUCAACAGUUUUGCACCAGCUGGGACUGCGGAUAGUGACCAACAGGUUGUGUUGUGAAGAACAUUAUAUUUGUUUUAUUCUGUUUCAGGGACCAGUUGAGAUACUUUUUGAUGUAGCAAUACCUGUCUUAUAUUGGGGGGGGGGAUGUUAAAUCUAUCACUUCAUACGGUGUGGCUGCCUGGCAGGCACAGAUGAUUAUUGAACCAGACUUAAAUGUCACUGCGGAAAAAAGAAAAAUGUUUAAGAAGGUCUGCAGACAGAGAGUGGUUCCGAUCACACAGCGUCUCUGGGCCUUUUAGAAGGAAGGACUCCAUGUUGUUGUUGUUCAGGCUGUGGAAGGGGAAGGGCCUUGUUCUGUAUGUGGAAGGGCCUUGUUCUGUAUGUGGAAGGGCCUUGUUCUGUAUGUGGAAGGGCCUUGUUCUGUAUGGGGAAGGGCCUUGUUCUGUAUGUGGAAGGGCCUUGUUCUGUAUGUGGAAGGGCCUUGUUCUGUAUGUGGAAGGGCCUUGUUCUGUAUGUGGAAGGGCCUUGUUCUGUAUGUGGAAGGGCCUUGUUCUGUAUGUGGAAGGGCCUUGUUCUGUAUGUGGAAGGGCCUUGUUCUGUAUGUGGAAGGGCCUUGUUCUGUAUGUGGAAGGGCCUUGUUCUGUAUGUGGAAGGGCCUUGGUCUUGUUCUGUAAACAGUAUUACAGUGUAGGAGCUGUAUAAACCUGCUCAGCAAGGUGACCAUUUUUAGCCAAGUCAUGACCGUAGUGAUGAUGUUUUUAUGGGGAGGACAGAGUACAUACACGUACCAUAGGCUUUGAUAUUUUUGCACAGUGAUUAUUGUUAGAAAUUGUCCUGCCAUGUUUAAAGUUGUGCGGUAUGUCAAGGAGAGGUGCAUGGUGUGCCUAGUGUUGCAUAUCUGAGUGUAAUCUUGAUUCUGAAUGCUUGUUGAACCUUGACGCAAUAACAGUCUCAUCCUGUGAAGACUACAGGAGCAUACAGUGCAUUGGGAAAGUAUUCAGACCCCUUGACUUUUUCCACAU